GGCCGCGCCGCCGCUGGUGGGAGUUGUAGUCCGGCCGUGGUUGGGGGGGCCCGCGGCUCAUGCGCGGUGCACCGAGGCUUGUUUCACAUCUGUAACAACAGGAGGAGGCCCAGCCUCGUGAUGAGGAAUAGCAAGGAGAGAAUUCAGCUCCAGUUCAAAAGCCUACAAAAUCUGAGACUGUCACUGCUCUUGUAAGUUUCCUCUCUGAGCUACCAUAUCCUAUCGGCUGAAAUUUCCAGCAUCCCUGGGGGAGAGGAGGCCAUCAGGGCAGACCUGCUAUGGACCUGAAAGAUUCGGCCCCAGGAUUCCAGCUUUCCCUCCUGGCCAGAAAUGUUCAGCCUGGACUCAUUCAGAAAAGAUCGGGCCCAGCACAGGCAGCGUCAGUGCAAACUUCCCCCACCCCGCCUUCCACCCAUGUGUGUCAACCCUGCCCCUGGAGGGACCAUCUCUCGAGGCUGAACGUUAACAUUUCCAACAUGGCAGCUUCUAGGGACCUAUUAAAAGAGUUCCCACAGCCCAAAAACCUUCUCAACAGUGUAAUUGGAAGAGCCCUCGGCAUCUCACAUGCAAAAGACAAAUUGGUCUACGUGCACACGAAUGGACCGAAGAAAAAGAAAGUCACCCUCCACAUAAAGUGGCCCAAGAGCGUGGAGGUAGAAGGCUAUGGCAGCAAGAAGAUCGACGCUGAGCGACAGGCUGCGGCCGCGGCCUGCCAGCUGUUCAAGGGCUGGGGCCUGCUGGGUCCCCGAAACGAGCUGUUUGAUGCAGCCAAAUAUCGUGUGCUAGCCGAUCGCUUUGGCUCUCCGGCUGACAGCUGGUGGCGCCCAGAACCCACCAUGCCACCUACUUCCUGGCGGCAGCUGAAUCCCGAGAGCAUCCGGCCAGGGGGACCUGGGGGCCUGUCCCGCUCCUUGGGCCGGGAGGAAGAGGAGGAUGAGGAGGAAGAGCUAGAAGAGGGGACCAUUGAUGUCACCGACUUCCUGUCCAUGGCCCAGCAGGACUCCCACACCCCACUCAGGGACUCGAGGGGGGGUUCCUUUGAAAUGACAGACGACGACAGUGCUAUUAGGGCUCUGACCCAGUUUCCACUUCCCAAGAACCUUCUGGCCAAAGUGAUUCAGAUAGCAACAUCGUCCUCCACAGCUAAGAACCUCAUGCAGUUUCAUACCGUGGGCACCAAGACCAAGCUGUCUACCCUCACUCUGCUUUGGCCCUGUCCUAUGACCUUUGUCGCCAAAGGGCGCCGCAAAGCGGAGGCUGAGAAUAAGGCAGCAGCCCUGGCCUGCAAGAAACUGAAGAGCCUGGGCCUGGUGGACCGCAACAACGAGCCGCUCACCCACGCCAUGUAUAACCUGGCCUCCUUGCGUGAGCUGGGUGAGACCCAGCGCCGGCCGUGUACCAUCCAGGUGCCUGAGCCCAUCCUCCGCAAGAUAGAAACCUUCCUGAACCAUUACCCUGUGGAUAGUUCAUGGAUCACCCCAGAACUCCGGCUGCAGAGUGAUGACGUCUUGCCCUUGGGCAAGGACUCGGGGCCCCUGAGUGACCCUAUCACAGGCAAGCCCUACGUGCCCCUGUCAGAAGCAGAGGAGGUCCGUCUGAGCCAGAACUUGCUGGAGCUGUGGCGGCGGCGAGGGCCAGUCUGGCAGGAGGCCCCCCAGCUCCCUGUGGACCCGCAUCGGGACACAAUCCUCAAUGCCAUUGAGCAGCACCCGGUGGUGGUCAUCUCUGGGGACACGGGCUGUGGAAAGACCACACGCAUCCCCCAGCUGCUGCUAGAGCGCUAUGUGACCGAGGGCCGUGGUGCCCGCUGCAAUGUGAUCAUCACCCAGCCGCGCCGCAUCUCCGCUGUGUCGGUGGCACAGCGGGUCAGCCACGAACUGGGCCCCUCUCUGCGCCGGAACGUGGGCUUCCAGGUGCGGUUGGAAAGCAAGCCCCCGGCCCGAGGCGGGGCCUUGCUCUUCUGCACCGUGGGCAUCCUGCUGCGGAAGCUGCAGAGCAACCCCAGCCUGGAAGGCGUGAGCCAUGUCAUCGUGGACGAGGUCCAUGAGCGGGACGUGAAUACAGACUUCCUGCUUAUUUUGCUCAAGGGCCUGCAGCGGCUCAACCCGGCCCUGCGGCUGGUGCUCAUGAGCGCCACGGGCGAUAACGAGCGCUUCUCCCGCUACUUUGGUGGCUGCCCUGUCAUCAAGGUGCCAGGCUUCAUGUACCCCGUCAAGGAGCACUACCUGGAGGACAUUCUGGCCAAGCUGGGCAAGCACCAGUACCCGCACCGGCACCGGCACCAUGAGUCUGAGGAUGAAUGUGCACUUGACUUGGACCUCGUGACGGACCUGGUUCUGCACAUUGAUGCCCGAGGGGAACCAGGUGGGAUCCUCUGCUUCCUGCCUGGGUGGCAGGAGAUCAAAGGAGUGCAGCAACGCCUCCAGGAGGCCCUGGGCAUGCACGAGAGCAAGUACCUGAUCCUGCCAGUGCACUCCAACAUCCCCAUGAUGGACCAGAAGGCCAUAUUUCAGCAGCCGCCAGUUGGGGUGCGCAAGAUCGUCUUGGCCACCAAUAUCGCGGAGACCUCAAUUACAGUCAAUGACAUUGUGCACGUGGUGGACAGCGGUCUGCACAAGGAGGAACGCUAUGACCUGAAGACCAAGGUGUCCUGCCUGGAGACUGUGUGGGUGUCACGAGCCAAUGUGAUCCAGCGCCGGGGCCGGGCAGGCCGCUGCCAGUCAGGCUUUGCCUACCACCUAUUCCCACGGAGCCGGCUGGAGAAAAUGGUCCCUUUCCAAGUGCCGGAGAUUCUGCGCACGCCCCUUGAGAACCUGGUGCUACAAGCCAAAAUCCACAUGCCCGAGAAGACGGCAGUGGAAUUCCUUUCCAAGGCUGUGGACAGUCCGAACAUUAAGGCAGUGGAUGAGGCCGUGAUCUUGCUCCAGGAGAUCGGAGUGCUGGACCAGCGGGAGUACCUGACCACCCUGGGGCAGCGCCUGGCCCAUAUCUCCACCGACCCCCGGCUGGCCAAGGCCAUAGUGCUGGCUGCCAUCUUCCGCUGCCUGCACCCGCUGCUGGUGGUCGUUUCCUGCCUCACCCGGGACCCCUUCAGCAGUAGCCUGCAGAACCGGGCGGAGGUGGACAAGGUGAAGGCGCUGUUGAGCCACGACAGUGGCAGCGACCACCUGGCCUUCGUGCGGGCCGUGGCCGGCUGGGAGGAGGUGCUGCGCUGGCAGGACCGCAGCUCCCGGGAGAACUACCUGGAGGAGAACCUGCUGUACGCACCCAGCCUGCGCUUCAUCCACGGACUCAUCAAGCAGUUCUCAGAGAACAUUUAUGAGGCUUUCCUGGUGGGAAAGCCCUCGGACUGCACCCUGGCUUCUGCCCAGUGCAACGAGUACAGUGAGGAGGAGGAGCUGGUGAAGGGCGUACUGAUGGCCGGCCUCUACCCCAACCUCAUCCAGGUGAGGCAGGGCAAGGUGACCCGGCAGGGCAAGUUCAAGCCCAACAGCGUCACAUACAGGACCAAAUCAGGCAACAUCUUGCUGCAUAAGUCGACCAUCAACAGGGAGGCCACGCGGCUCCGGAGCCGAUGGCUGACGUACUUCAUGGCCGUCAAGUCCAAUGGCAGCGUCUUCGUCCGGGACUCCUCCCAGGUGCACCCGCUGGCCGUGCUGCUGCUGACAGACGGGGACGUCCACAUACGUGAUGAUGGGCGCCGGGCCACCAUCUCCCUGAGUGACAGUGACCUGCUGAGGCUGGAGGGGGAUUCCCGCACCGUGCGGCUGCUGAGGGAGCUGCGCCGGGCCCUGGGCCGCAUGGUGGAGCGGAGCCUGCGCAGUGAGCUGGCCGCACUCCCGCCUGGCGUGCAGCAGGAGCACGGGCAGCUGCUCGCCCUGCUGGCGGAGCUGUUGCGUGGGCCCUGUGGCAGCUUUGACGUGCGCAAGACAGCCGAUGACUGAGCCCCGUGUCUGGUGGGGCUGUGUACAGAGUGCAAAUGUUUAUUUAAAAUAAAGUUCUAUUUAUCCCUUGUGAGCAUUGCUCUCCGCUGGGGGCUCCUCUCUCAGGGCCCCAGCAUCCCCCGCUUCCCAAACUCCCGCUUAUUGCGAGCCUGAGGUCAUGGGAGGGAGGGGCUUAGCUGGUGUGGGGCCUGCGUCCCGGGGGCCUGCCUUGUCCUACAGCUGCUUCCGCGCCCACGUGGCAGGCAGCCUGUUUGCACCAUCCCUGCCUUUGCUGGUUGGGACAGCAGGUGUUGAGCAUGCACUCACUCACGUCUCCCUCUCCGGGCCAGUGGUACGUGCACAGCGCGUGUCCUCGUGGAAUCUGGCUGCCACCUCCCAGCCCCAAGCAGAAUUGGGAGAGAAGUUCCUCAGGCAGCUAAGGGCACCUGAACCUUAACCCUCAAGGGGCCUUGGGUUGUGUGGCAGCCCUGCCACAAGCUGGGACUUCCCCUUGGUUGCAUCCACAAAUUCACAGAUGAGAGGCUACGGUCGUCAAGACUGCACGGUGCACACAUCAGUCUCCCGAUACAAGGCGACGGGCUAGCGGAGACCAACGAGGACACACAGAAGAUACGGGGCCUGCGUGGUGGGACAUCACGAGCUUUAUUUACUCUUGAAAUCGGUACAACGGAAUCACAGAUUGACACAGGCAAUAGCUGAGCCAUAAGCAAACCGGAAGUACAGAAAUGUCACACCCCCAAACGGCUGCAGGUAGUAACAGCUCACAGGGGCCUCUGGUCCCCAGCUGUCAGGGCAGCCUUCUCCGCUUCUCUGGCUUGGGGGACACUUCAAGGGAGCUGGGACAAGACCACCCCUCAGAAAAACGACCACUCCAGCCCACCUAGAGAGCGCUCUACUAGGGUCACCUCUCCUACUCCUACCUGUGGACCCAGAGCCAGUUGUCAACCUCAGCAUCCGUGUGGGCCUGGAACUAACACAAAGGGCACAGGUACCUUCGGGCCCUGCACUACUACUUCAUUCUGCCGCUUCCUCCUGCUGACAAAACACGGGUGCCCCAAUGUCCUUGGCACAAAGCAUUCUUGUCUUUGGCUCGGGGAACACUUUCUCCACAGGCCCCCCCACGGUAUGUGCUUGGGGAGCUGGGGAUGUGGCGUCAAACCUCCCCAAGGAAAAUGCUACCUCAGAAGUGGGAGAACCUGCUGGCCCAGAUGCCCUCCCUCUACACGGAGAUCAAAUCUGAACCUAAGUCAAAAGCCCCUACCUUCUCAGCUCCAAGGGUCACCGGGAGCAGCGGCGGGGAAGACGAGGGGCCGAGUCUGUGGCCACCUCCUCGGGGCAAGUCUGCACUGCAGAAAAUGCUCUUCCGGAGGAGAAGCCCUGGGAGACUCCCCGGCCAUUUCACUACAAACUGUUACAUUUUAAUCCUUUAUUAGAAACCAUGCAAACUUUAAUACAAAAAAAAAAAAAAAAAA